GAGGAGGAGGAAGAGGAGGCGGAGGAGGAGAAUGGCAUCGGAACCAGAGCCCAAACUGACUCAGUCAACUACGUGCAGUUUCAUAGUUUACCACAGAGCCUGGUCCCUUCAGAAAUCACUCACUGCCUGUUUGAGCUUGAGAAAGAAUGGAGAGGAGUGGAAAGAGAGAGGGAGAGUGUGAUGUGGAAAAUGGAAAUGAUACACCGCAGUGUGCAGACAGUACAGGACAUUCUAAGGACGCUGUUGACGCACCUGGUUGAGGCUCAACAUUUUAAUGCAAACAACACCAAGACCUCCCAACAUGCUCACCUCACAUCACCUACUCCAAACAUCCAUGUCACUUUCUCAUCUGCUCAAACUCAUUCAGUCCCUCAACCGUACAUCUCUGGCUACACCACUAUGACUGAAACCCAUGCCCACAACCCCCAACCUCACCCACACUGGCAAGCAGCCCACACUGUGGCCCGGAGGCCCUCUGAGACGUGCCUCACCCACCCUGCUCACCCCCUCCCCAGCCCCUGCUGCUCAGGCAUGUUUGAGCCACCCAGCUGUGCUCAGCGCAGGAAGGAGAAGAUGGAAACCUUCCACAUAUUGACAGAACUCAGGGAGAGUGUGGGGAAGGUGCGUUUGGCUCAGGAGCAGGACAGUAAAGAGAUUCUGGCUCUGCUCCAUGGAUUCCAACAGCAGAUUGAGUCUUUGCUUGCACGGCAGCAGAGUGCUACCCAACUCGACCACCAGCGGCAACAAACCAGCAAAAUCAACAAGCUUGCUCUGUGUAAGCGAUGCCAGGCUGAGAUAACAGAGUUCAAAGGGCAAGAUGUGGAAGAACAGCAGGAUUGAUAUCUCCUGAAAUAAACUUAUACUGCAGCUUCACUCAUCUCUCUCUCUCUCUCUGUAAAACACUACCAACCAAUAUAUCUUGCAAUAGUUUGCAUUUUGCUACAUUUUAACCGCAGAGGUAAGUUAACCAGUGCCUAACCCAGUGAAAACAGGGAGGUUUUUAAACUUAGAGUAUAAUCUGACCUGAACAGCAGACAGACUGAGCAUAAUGGCCUUCUGAAAAAAAAAAAAUGAACCUGAAACUUUUUUUCAUGUAAUGCAUAUAUCAGGUAGCAACUCCCAUUAUAUCAUCCUGUGUUAAUAUUACACUACUCCACCUCCCCAUGUAAACAUAAUCCUGUCUA